AUGUUCCGCUCGUUCGCAGCCGUGGUCUUUGCGACCGCCGUCUACGGCCAGCAGGUUGGCACCCUGACGGCUGAGAAACACCCUUCCAUGGCCAUCCAGUCCUGCACCGCCUCGGGCUGCACCAAGGAGGACACCACCGUCGUCCUCGAUGCCAACUGGCGCUGGACCCACGUAACCUCCGGCUACACCAACUGCUACGACGGCAACACGUGGAACGCCACCGCCUGUCCAGACGGCAAGACCUGCGCGGCAAACUGUGCCAUUGAUGGCGCCGACUACGAGAAGACGUACGGCAUCUCGACGCCCAGCGAUGGUGCGCUGAAGCUGCAGUUUGUGACCAAGAACGAGAACGGCGCCAACGUUGGCUCGCGCGUCUACCUGACGGCCGGCGGCGACGGCAGCAAGUACCGCAUGUUCAACCUGCUCAACAAGGAGUUUACCUUUGACGUCGACGUCAGCAACCUUCCCUGUGGCCUCAACGGUGCCGUGUACUUUAGCGAGAUGCUCGAGGACGGCGGCCUCAGUGCCUACCCGGGCAAUAAGGCCGGCGCCCAGUACGGCACGGGCUACUGCGACUCGCAAUGCCCUCGUGACAUAAAGUUCAUCAAUGGUGUCGUGAUGGUCAUAUCACGAUGGCUGGUCCGUACCUUCCUAUUUCGACCGGUACCGGCCCAUUUCGGCCCGUACCGUCCCGCCAACGUCGAAGGCUGGACCGGCAGUGCUACUGAUGGCAACUCGGGCUCCGGCUCGUACGGCUCGUGCUGUGCCGAGAUGGACAUCUGGGAGGCCAACCUGGACGCCACAGCUUACACACCACACCCGUGCAAGGUGUCGACCCAGACACGCUGCGAGAACGAGCAAGACUGUGGCGCUGGCGACGCCAACCGCCACUCGGGCCUGUGCGAUCCCGACGGCUGCGACUUCAACUCGUUCCGUAUGGGCAACAAGGAGUUUUAUGGCACCGGCAAGACGGUCGAUUCCAGCAAGGCCUUUACGAUCGUCACGCAGUUUGUCACGGACGACGGCACGGACACGGGCACGCUCUCUCGAAUCAACCGUUUCUAUGUACAGGACGGCAAAGUGAUCCCCAACAGCGACGCAGCCGUGACUGGUGUCGAUCCCGUCAACUACAUUUCGGAGGAUUUCUGCAAACAGCAGAAGACGGCCUUUGGCGACGACAACUACUUUGCCACAGUCGGCGGCCUCGCCGGCAUGGGCAAGUCGCUGCAGAACAUGGUCCUCGUUCUGAGCGUGUGGGACGACCACGCGGUCUCCAUGAACUGGCUCGACAGCAACUUCCCGACGACUUCGCCCGCUACUGACCCGGGUGUUGCCCGCGGGCGCUGCGACCCGGCUGCUGGCGACCCCAAGACCGUCGAGAGCGCCCAUCCUGAUGCCUCAGUCAUUUACUCGAACAUUAAGCAUAUUGUGAAGUGUCAGUCCGCUAACAAGCAAACGACAGAUCGGUUCGCUCAACUCGACCUUCACUUCCAGCUAAAUGUGUUCUCAAACGAGAAGCUGUAA